CCCCUGACUUUUGAGAUGGUUUCACCAUUAUCAAUUCCACUUGCAAAUAGUUAAUUGUAAUUAUAAUAAUAUUGAUUCAGCAGCAAAGGGCACAAUGGGCAUGAGAGAUAAGGUACCACCAAAGCUGCCAAGCAUGGGUGACAACCUUCUGUUGAUGGAUUCCCCAGCGCCCCGUGCGAGGUCCUCAGUGUUACCUGGACACCAUAUUAACAGGGAACAUGCAUUGUUAGAACAGGCUGACAGUCCGUGUGGAGUAGACAGAUUAUUGAAUUUCUCUCCUAGAGUGAACGAGGGGGCCAAAACCGGCGUUGAAAAAGAAGAUAUUGUUGUGGAACAAUCUGACAACGUUGUGGAAACACAGCCUGCGCAAGAAAUCAGCAACAUUGAGGUGAAAGAGGAGGAACCGCCACGGGGGAAGGCGCUGUUGUACAGCCAAGAGGACUUAGAUGAAGCCGUCAAGAGAGAGACGGACGCGCUUCGCAAACAGGCGUUGUUUUAUAGCAAGGAAGAGUUCGCCGCGGCUGUCAGAAAAGAGACCGAGGCCUUGCGUCAGCAGAUGAAAGAAGAGGCUACGAUUCGUGACAUGGAAAGUAAAGAACUCACGGAGAGAAAUCAGCAGCUGAAGAGAGAAACCGGAGAAUUAAGGGUCGUGAUGCAAGAAUACGAGAAGACCAUCGCAGACAUGAUAGAAAAGAAUCAGAAGUCUCAGGAUCAAUAUAACCAUUCGACUUCAGAAGUAGCGAAAGAAAGAGACCAGUUGCAAGCUGACUUGACAGCCGUAGAGACGGCCUUCUCAGACCUUCACAGAAGAUACGAGAAACUCAAAGGAGUGGUGGAGAACUUUAAAAAGAACGAAGAAAUAUUGAAAAAGGCAACAACUGACUACCAGGAAAAAUUAAAAAAAUCCGAAGAAAAGUAUCGCUUGUUAAAGAAACACGCUGAAGAAAAAAUCGAGAGUGCAAAUAUCGAGAUUACUCGAGUACGGAAAUCCAACGAGUCUGAGAUAGCUGUAAUGAGAGCUGCUCUCAAGAAAGAACAAACCAAGUCAGCCAGUUUAGAGAUGAGUCUACAGCAGAAGGUAUCCGAAAAUGCAGAACUUACAGCAAUAUGCGACGAAUUGAUCAACAAAAUGGGAGGACAACGGUCGUAGCAUCACAAACGAGUGGUUUAUUACUCCUGGUCUCCUCAUCUCCCCCCGGAUCACCUUAACUUCCACACGGCGAGUUGUGAAGACGUAUUAUGGGGCAGUUGUGUUUCCGGGGGAGGCUGUGCUGACGACAGACAGGACACUGUAUAUACGAUGCGAAGGUGGUACACUCGCCAACAUGAGAGUUCCUAUAGUUGCCAACUUUUGUACAUUAAGGAAGAAAUUACUGAGAGUUAGUCCUGAUUAAUCGUUUAUAGUAGAGAUAUUUAAGACCGGUUUAGCUCUAAAAAUCAUUCAUAAUGUGCGCGAGUACUUAUAGUACAAUACAAUAACUAUUUAAGUUCAGGUGGGCUUUAUCUCAAUAGCUCUGCGUGGAACGAGCUAAACCUCGGGCAAAGGACAAAAUAAUUCGCCGCAAUUGCGGUUCGCCUUCUAUCUAAAUCUCGCCCAUUUUUUUCCAUCCUUGAUUCUUUUAAGUUUGUUAUCGCCACUCUGGUGUGUUUUUUUUGUUGCUUAGUUCGUAGGCCUCUAUAUUUCGCCUUGGUCUCCGAGAUCAAUUGACCGUGAAGGCCUCAGAGAAAGCCGUAUAGGAACUAGGCAAUAGGUCACCGUCGAGACAUUAAAAUUCAGCUUGAUAGUAAGGCCUGGAGGACACAAACAAAAGAAAUGGAUAAACAUGUCAUUCAAUUCCCUUUCUUUGUGUCCUCUAAGCCUCACUGCCAAGCAGAAUGUCGAAAACAUUCUGUUCUGCCUCUGUAAAAUACUUCUCUGAGAGUUCUUUUAUUAAUUUAGAGAUAUCCUUUUGCUUAGGAAAGAAAGUCUGGGUACCACAACAAAGCUAAUGUAUUGGCUUAGUGAAAGGCUGUGCGCUCUUUUUGGCCAUAAAGUCAUUUUAAUGACUGUGAUCGAUGAUGAUGAUAAAUACAACUCAGAAAAUAUUUGACAGUUGGUUGUCGUAACAAGCGAACCUGCAAGUGAAUCCUGCAAUAUAGGCAAAGCACUUUCCGUGUCUUUGUUGGUUCGCAGCAUUCUUACCAAAGGUUAUUCGUGAAAAGUCUAAACUGAAGAAAGUUGACUUGUAGUUAUUUCCCAGCAUUUUCCCUUCUCAGUAUUUAAGGUUAUCCCGGCAUUUUGUAUAAUGUAUUCAGGGCUUGAAAAAAGUGCCGGUUGCCCCGGACAAGCAGAUUGUCCUGCCAGGGAAGUAACUUUUCAUUCUUCCUUCCCCAAUGAGCAAGGAAUCAGGCAAGUCAUCUGCAAACUUGGGCAAGCAAAAUUUGAGAGCUGCUUGUCCAAAGUCAAGCUGGAAUUUAAUUUUUUUUCAAGCCCUGGAUAAACUAUUUGAGGGCAUUGUUAUCUCGACUCGCUUUUCAAACAUUGUUACAUCUCAUAGUAUUUUUCCGCCGUGGUUUGUUGAGAGGAUAUCAAACGAACUGUUGUUGGUAACUUGUAGUUGAUGUAUCGACUUAAACAAUUGAAAAAUCAUAUUAAUUUUAUUGGAGGUAAGCAAACUCUUAAAUCAUUGAUCCAGUAGUUAGGGAGGUUUAAAAACACUAAGCGCUGUUACUUUAAAGAAUCGGUUAAGCCUAGCCUAGCCUUUUCCUACCCCGAAUUUUUAAUGGCCGUCGUUGGUCGUUCAACCGUCUGAAGUUUGUAUGUGUAGAGACAGAAAUUUGGCCUGAUAAUGUAAAGUUCUCACAUUACGUUUCAGAAAGGAAACAACGCAAUGUCCUAGAAGGUGGAAAAUGUAUCAAUAUGUUCCUUUUCUAUUUUUCUAGGUUGUUUAAUAAUAAACAGUGGUUUAAUAAAUCGCAA